AUGAAAAGAAUUAUAAUUCAUAAUGGUCAUAAUGGCAAUAUUGGAAACGUCGUUGAUCAGAACAAUAACUGGAAAAGAACACCAUCUUUACCUUUUGAGCUUCUCAGUUAUAACAAUGCACCGCCAUUAUUAGACUAUUUAGCUUAUUUAAGACAAGUAGACUUUAAAAAAGUUUAUAAAGCAACUAGAUUUUGGUUAAAUUUGCCAAAGAAAAGUAUGGAGGAACCGUUUGGAAUUUCGGUAAAAAGGAGACAAAUCAAUCAAGCAAAUGCGAUCGUGAAAGAAUUAGGAAUAUUAUUUUUAAAUUUUGCUCAAAUUAAUAAUUUAACGAUUGAUAUUAGAGAUUUUGAUUAUGAUUUAGCAACAGAUAUUCAUGAUUGUAUUUCUUGGCCAACAUAUCCUUUACUUAAUCGGAAUAGUUAUUACAAUAGUAGUAAUGAGAAUAUUGAAAUUAAUGACGAGAACAUUGAACGUGAUAAUAGCACUAUUACUGUUAAUAAUACACAUAAUGCUAGUAAUGAAGUGGUAUUGAGGUCAGAAAUUCGAGAAUUUUUAUGUGCGGGACAAUUUGAUAAAGACAAAAUUUUAGAGGAAAUGACACCUAUAUGCAAAGAUAUUGAAAUCUUAAGUUUACAUGACUCUAGUGGUACCUCAUCAGAUUCAUUAGCAAAUUUUAUAAUGGUUCAAAAAAGAUUGAAGAAAUUUAUUUUAACAGAUUGGCAUUUGAACACUCAAAAUAUUUUCUCUGCUAUUGCAACACAAUCAAAAACCUUAAAACAUUUUGAAAUUAUAAAUUGUAACUUGCCGAUAAGAGUCGUUGACAAGAUAAAUGAAUAUAAAGAUUGGUUGUUUGAAAAUUUAACAAAAUGCCACAAAUUAGAAUUUUUAAAAAUAGAAAAAUGUCGAAAUUUAUCAUCAAUAGUAAUGGAACCUUUAGCAAAAGUUGGAUUAAAAAAUCUAAAAGUUUUAAUUAUCGACAACUAUAUUAACGAUUAUAAUGAUGAUGAUUGGGAUUGGAAUUCAAUUACAGGAGACCAAGAAUUAAAAAAUUUGAUAAGAUUAUUUGAAAGAUCUUUGUUAAAAAAAUUGGUUGAAUUGAGAAUACAAAGAAAAAAGGAAACUUUUUCCAAUACCGCCUUAAGAAGCACUUCAACACAUUCAACGGUAUUUGAAGUCAAACAAUCCCUAAUUGAAUUAGGGAAUAGUUUACCAUCAUCAAUAAAAUACAUAGAAUUGAAUAGUAUGAUGUUUAAUUAUAAGAGCUGGGAAGAAUUUCUAAAUGUUUGUCCGACUUCUAUUGAACAUUUAGCAUUCAAUACGAUGCAGGAUCAAACUAAAUACAAGAAUUUAAUUGAAAAAUAUGCAAAAAAACAUGACAAGCGCUUAAAAUGCAAAGAUUUAAGUGAAUAUUCAUGGCUAUCACCAAAAUAUAUAAUGGUUGAUUUGUUUUAA